AUGUGUUCAGCAAAGCACGGCUUUGCUCUUGUAACUCCUGCUUCACGUGGAUUAGGCUUCGCCUUCGCCCAUCAACUCCUAGCGCGGACCCAGCUCCCGGUGAUUGCAACAGCGCGCAAGAACUGCAAUGAGAUCCGAGAGCGAUUGCUAUCUAGCAAUGGCAUACCUAAAGAUUCCGAAAAAAGGCUUAGAAUGCUAGAGGUCGACGUGACAGAUGAAUCCACGAUAAUUGCAAUGGCAGACACAAUCCGCCAUGAAUACCCGGACACAUCACUCAGACUGGGACUGACAGUGCCGGGGACUCUACACGUCGAAAAGUCACCAAGCCAGAUCGACUAUGCCGGGGCUCUGGAUAGCUUCAAAGUGAACUCCUUGGGUCCAUUACUUCUCAUGAAACAUCUUUCCCAGUUUAUGCCUCCGAAAUCGGCACCGGAGUUUCCGGCUACCAAUUCUGCAACUGCAGCUGAUUCCCAGACACAGCUGGAGUUGCCCUCACAUGCCAUCUAUGCGAUGAUGGCUGCUCGCGUUGGCUCCAUUUCGGACAAUUCUUCGGGUGGGUGGUACUCGUAUCGUGCGAGUAAGGCUGCUGUGUUCCAGUUGGCGAAGACGUUUGAUCUGUAUUUGCGAACGAAGAGUGCACAGAGGGGCAUUGCUGUUGCGUUGCAUCCCGGAACUGUGCGGACGGAUUUUACGAAGGAGUUCUGGAGUGGAAGGGAGAUGCUGGAACCGGCUGAUUCGGCUGAGAAACUGUUGCAAGUUCUUGUUGGAUUAUCGGCUGAGAAGAAUGGUGGGAGAGGGAGGUGUUGGGAUUGGAAAGGGAAAGAGGUGUUACCAUGA